UGUUUAUUUUUCUAAUAAUGCAUUACGCUCGUACCGUGUGGUAAAAGGAAGCCAAUGUUUACAGAAAAACUUUUGCAAAAUCUCGUGUCUCGUCUCGUCUUCCCAGGGCUGACAGUACCCCAUAGUUUUAUUUCUUCUGGCUUUGGAAUAAAGCAGCAGCAGCCAUGAGUCUUAUGGCAAAAGGAGGUGGAGAUGGACCAGGUUUUGUCGGUAUCCGUUUCUGUCAGGAGUGUAACAAUAUGUUGUAUCCAAAGGAAGACAAGGAAAACAAGAUAUUGCUUUAUGCCUGCAGGAACUGUGAUUACAAAAUGCCCACAGAAAAUAAUUGUAUUUAUGUCAACAAGUUGAUGCAUGAAAUUGAUGAACUCCGGCACAUUAACCCAGAAGUGAUACAGGACCCAACACUGCCACGGACAGACGACCAUCCAUGCCCAAGGUGUAGUACACGUGAUGCGGUAUUCUUCCAAGCCCAGACCAGGAGAGCUGAAGAUGAGAUGAGACUGUACUAUGUAUGUUGCAAUAGUGAGUGCACACACCGUUGGACUGAGUAAAUUAAGUUGUUAUCAUCAUCUAUUUUUUUCUUACAAAAUCACCCACAAGUAAUUUGCCAGUAAUUUUUCAGGUACUUAUUCUUGUUGGGUUGAAUACAUUUCUUACUUUGUGAAAAUGUGUCAUGCUAAUGUAAUUAUGCCUGAAAGUAUGCAAUACAUGUAUAAUGAAAAAUGUAUUUUUAACUGAUAACAUCAAUAAAAAAAAAUCAUAUCUUUGCUUUAUUCUGUCAACAUGUGCUUGUGUAUAUACACCCACAAAUUGUCUGCAGUGUGUGUGAUGUGGUUUUCCUUCUCAGAAAUAGACCAGCUAUUUUAUAGCUAUGUUUCAAGAUACAGGAAAAUGUGCAUAACAAUUUGUUGCUACCAAAAUACUACCACAUUAUUACACUAGGACUAUUGGAGAUAUAUAUAGAUGUAUGUGAAUGGAUUUUAUUAUCUAUUUUCAUCAAUUCAUAGACAUUCUGUGAAAAUCAUCAGCUCUUAGUGGUGACAGUCAAUGGAAACAUUAUCCAGGAAAAGUUCCUAAUAAAGUUUCUUUGAAGCAGCACUUCUUAGCCUUCUGCCAUUUAACUCACAGGUAGAACUUAUUUUGGCUUGAGAAAAGUGUUAAAUGUAAUUUAGGGCAAUACAGUCAUUAAGUGUUGUGACUAAUCAUAAAAUAUUAGAGCUGCAUUCUUACUUUUUUGCUACUGAAGUGAAAAGUGUAUUAUUAUUUAUGUCAGUGUCCAGGUAUUAUCACAUGGUAUGAAGUGAUAUCCUAUCUGUAUCUCAGCUAUAAAAAAAAUCUUCCUCAUAGACAUGUAGAACAAGACAACAGGCAAGAUUGUUACAAUUUAAGUGCCUACUGUGUCCCCUCCUACUACCCUCAGUGUUGUCAAAACUGUGUACAUAACAAGGUAAAGUAGUAAGAUUAAGAUAAUGUAUCUGUUCAGGACUUCAAAGAUGUGAAACUGCACAGCAGAGUGGUGUUAACCCACAUUAUGAUAUAUCCUGCACCAUCAGUUUCUUGGACAAAUCUGCUUUUUCUCCAGUACUAGUGCCAUUGUGUUUGGCAUCACUAUGAGAUGCAAGUACCUGAAGUGAAGAAAAAACUUUAUUUUUUUUCUAACAUUUACUUACAAUUUCCAAAGUUGUAUUUGGAAUAUUGAAGAAGGUGAAUGCAAAUUGAAAAACUGCCAAUGUUUUCUUAGAACCCCACUUAAUUGGCCACUACCCAAUUUAGUUUGUUGGAAAAUCCUUUCACAGUGCGGAAGUUCAAGAAGAAAAGGGUGAGGGAGGGGGUCUAGCAACAUGGGAUAUUCUUCCUCUAAUUGUCUUGAAGUAAGGUAUGAAAGUAGCUUCUACUUUUCCUCUCAAGGGAGAAAAUGCGCGAGUCACCUUUGGGUGUCUAAGUACUUUCCCUACCAUGAGAGGAUUUUUUCCUUCCCUGUUGCCCUUUUGUGUGAGGAUUAACACUGGUUUGCCACACAAAUUCCACUCUGAAGUCCUGUGUACAAUCAUUCUCUCAUUCUUAAUUUAAUUCAUUAUGUGAUGUGAAUAGCUUUGAUGUCACUGCGUGUGUUGGUAGGAGGGCACAGACCCCAAUGGUUAAUGAAUCACACCUACUAACACACAACCUCAUUUGUCUUCUAGGGAAGAUGGGUAAAGUUGCAAAGUAAUCAAUUAUAUGUUUUUGUUUUCUUUUCUUAGCUGAGAUACAGAUGGGGGAACAUUUCACACCAUGUGAAUAUAUCUGGAGACAUUAACAAAGACAAAUUGUGGAUACCCAAGAUGGAUGUGCAUUUUUUGGGGUGACAAGAUUUUUUUUUUAUACAUUAUUCAUACCUGAACAUAUCAGCUUAGAAACUUUUAGUAUAUUCAGUCAAUGAAGGAGUGCAUAGAAAAGGAAGAACAAAUAAACGUUAAAACACCCAUGAAA